AUGAGUGGAAAGGUAAAUGAUGCAGUUUGGGGAAUAUUGCAGUAUCGAUAUGUUUAUAUAUAUGUAUGCAUCAAUAUAUUGUGCAUCACUAAUAAAUGCAACUUCUUGUAUUUAAAUAUCUUUUCAGGUUACGACUUUGCUGCUGUUCUUGAAUGGUUUGCUGAGCGCGUAGAUCGAAUUAUUCUCCUUUUCGACGCUCACAAGCUGGACAUCUCUGACGAGUUUUCAGAGGUCAUCCGUGCCCUGAAAAACCAUGAAGACAAAAUGCGUGUGGUUCUGAACAAAGCCGACCAGAUCAGCACACAGCAACUGAUGAGAGUCUAUGGAGCUUUAAUGUGGUCCCUGGGAAAAAUUAUCAACACUCCUGAGGUGGUGCGUGUGUAUAUUGGGUCAUUCUGGGCACAGCCGCUGUUGGUCCCAGACAACAGGAAGUUGUUUGAAGCUGAAGAGCAGGACUUGUUUCUGGAUAUUCAAUCAUUGCCACGAAAUGCAGCACUGCGUAAACUUAACGAUCUCAUCAAACGAGCCCGCCUUGCAAAGGUGCAUGCAUACAUCAUCAGCUCCCUGAAAAAGGAGAUGCCCAGUGUGUUUGGAAAAGAUUCCAAGAAGAAAGAGCUCAUUGGUAAUCUUGGAGAAAUCUACCAAAGGAUCGAGAAGGAACAUCAGAUCUCUCCAGGAGACUUCCCCAACAUUAGCAAGAUGCAGGAGAUACUCAAUGGCCAGGACUUCUCAAAAUUUGCCUCUCUGAAGCCCAAGCUGUUGGAGCAGGUGGAGGACAUGUUGGCCAAUGACAUCGCCCGACUUAUGGCUCUGGUGCGCCAGGAGGAGGCUGCAAUGCCCAGUCAGAGUGUCCAUGGAGGAGCCUUCGAGGGGGCCAUGAGUGGUCCAUUUGGCCACGGCUAUGGAGAGGGUGCUAGCGAGGGAAUAGACGAGUUGGAGUGGGUGGUGGGGCGCGAUAAGCCCUCAUACGAUGAGAUCUUUUACACUCUGGGCCCCAUCAAUGGCAAAGUGUCCGGUGCUGCAGCCAAAAAGGAGAUGCUGAAGUCGAAGCUGCCCAACACCGUGCUGGGAAAGAUUUGGAAGCUGGCAGAUGUGGAUAAAGAUGGCUACCUUGAUGAUGAGGAGUUUGCGCUGGCAAACCACCUGAUCAAAGUGAAGCUAGAGGGCCAUGAGCUGCCCCCAGAGCUUCCUAAUCAUCUAGUGCCUCCAUCUAAACGUGAGCUAGUUGCAGAAGAUGCCCGUAAAAAGGUGCAAGAUGCUACCAGAGAGUGAAAAUAUAGUAUGAGCCUUACAGGUAUAAGUUUGAAUUUUUCAGUAAGGAUAAGGGAAAGUUGUAAUGUGGGAUGUAUUGGCAACUGAGAGGGCUAGUAAUAAUUACUGUAGAGCAAAGAGAUCUUUCAUUCGCAACAACCACCUCUAGGAGUAUAUCCUUACUUCUAAGUUCAAACUAAUACUGUGAUCAUUGCUAGCUGAGCCUCCCAAGUUUCCUGAAACACCAGAGGAUAUAUGCAGAGAGCUUGCUCACCAGACUUUGGGCUUCCAAGGACAAAAUGUAGUUAGAUAUCUGUUAUAAAUGAAAGAAGGGUGAUUAUCUAUCAAAGACUUUACUGGAUGAUUCACUGGGACAUGACAAGUCACAUGAACUAUCGUCCUAAAUAGCGUUAUUAUAUUCUGAUCCAAAGAAUUAUAGUUUUCAUUUUUAGAGAGAAUGUGGAAGUGGAAAUCAACUGUUGGAAUUGUUUUAUCUAUAUUUUUGUAUUUCCCUAUGGUUAACUCCUGCUCUUUCCAGAUGUUUCUUUUUAUUAUUUUGUGAGAUAAAUAAAAGUAAUUCUUUAUUGUA